AUGUCAGCUAUGGAAGUCAACACUCCGGGCCGCUUUGUUGAUACCAAGCACCAGAUCUACUCGAUCGACCCGGUUCUCACUUUCUUUCGGUCCAGCCCCAACAAUCAAGCCCUACCAUUGACGGAGUUGGCCAAGAAGCUAUCAUGGCUAUUAGGCGUCUGCGGAUUUAUGCGCCCCAAAGACAUCUUCUGCACGGAUAUAUCCAAGUCCGACAUCGUUGGCGACAAGCUACAGCUGGCAGUCGUUUUCCCUAAGGAAAAACGUGGCAGAAAGAGGAUAAUCAAGUAUGUCCACCUCAGUCGACACAAGGACCUGGCGAUCUGCCCCGUACAGGCCUAUAUCGAUUACCGCUCACGCACCAAGACCGCGGAUAUCUCGGUGCCGCACCCCAAGGACAAGGCCCACUCUAUCGUUCCUCUACUUCGCAACUCCAGGAAGCUUACCGAACAGGUUGUAUCCACCACCAUUUCCGUCUAUAUGAACACAAUCUCUCGGCUGUUCGUCCCCAAGGGUACCAGACCUUCCAAGCUUCGCGCCCUCGGUUCCACCCUCGCCGCCAUGGCCGGUGUCCCUAUUCCUGACAUCAUGGUUCAAGGCAAUUGGUCUUCCCCUAGGAUCUUCGAGAAGCACUACCGUCUCUCCAGUGUCAUCUCGAACAAUCUGUCUGUUUCCACGUUGGGGAUCCCUCUGGAGUCACAUAUGGACAUGGCACCGUAG